AGAACCCUCCCCCCCUUUUGUUGCUGUGGAGUUUGAUACGUUCUGGAAUCAGGAUAGGGACCCGGACACUAUGGGCCAGGAUCCUCAUGUAGGUAUCGAUGUCAAUUCUGUUGUAUCAAAGGUUACUGCCGUUUGGUACCCUAACAUACCUGCUGGGAUCCAGAAUGAGGCUUGGAUUAGGUAUGAUUCAAGUUCAUUCAAUUUAACCGUAGUUUUUACUAGUUCUACAAAUACUACCAGAGUGCAAGAUACGAUUCAUUUAAUUAUUGAUCUGAGCGAUUACUUACCUGAAUGGGUGACAUUUGGGUUCUCAGCUGCAACAGGGUCGCCGUGGUCUGCGAAAACUACUGUAAAAUCAUGGGAAUUUAGUACAAGUUUGGAAAUUAACAGUAGUGUUACAGAUCCAGUGAAACCAGGAUCUUAAAAAAUCUCCAUUGGAGCUAUAGUGGGAUUGGUUGUCGGUACGGUUGCUUUAGUUGGUGGGUUUGUUAUGCUUGGAUUUGGCUUUUGGAGGAGAAGUACUAGAGCAAAAGAAGAGGACGAGUUUGAAGUUGAGAUGUCCAUGGAAAACGAAUUCGAGUCCGGUAGUGGGCUGAAGAAAUUUUCCUACGACCAAUUAUCUCGGGCGACAAAUAAUUUUAAGGAGGGACAAAAGCUUGGAGAGGGAGGGUUCAGUGGGGUUUAUAGAGGUUUCUUGAGCGAAUCGAGUUCUUAUAUUGCUGUCAAGAGAAUAUCAAAGGGGUCAAAACAAGGGAUAAAGGAGUACGCAACGGAAGUGAAGAUCAUCAGCCCGUUGAGGCAUAGGAAUUUGGUGCAACUCAUUGGUUGGUGCCAUGAAAAGAAAGAACUACUCCUUGUUUAUGAGUUCAUGGAAAAUGCCAGCUUAGAUUUCCAUCUCUUCCAAGGGAAAAGCCUGUUGACAUGGGGAACAAGGUAUAAAAUUGCCCAAGGUUUGGCCUUAGCAUUGCUCUAUCUACAUGAAGAAUGUGAGCAAUGUGUAGUGCAUAGAGAUGUAAAAUCAAGCAAUGUGAUGUUGGACUCGAACUUCAAUGCCAAAUUGGGAGAUUUUGGGUUAGCUAGAUUUUUUGAUCACGAGAAACAGCUCGAAACAACCCUUUUGGGGGGGGGCAUGGGGUACUUGGCACCGGAAUGCGUGGUAACAGGUAAAGCUAGUAAGGAAUCAGAUGUCUACAACUUUGGUAUUGUGGCGUUGGAAAUAGCUUGCGGGAGAAAACCCCUUGAUUCGAACAUGCCAGAGUCUCAAAUGAGACUAGUGGAAUGGGUUUGGGACCUCUAUGGAGUGGGAAGGUUACUAGAAGCAGUGGAUGCAAAAUUAGGCUCGGAUUUUGAUGACCAAGAAACCGAACGAUUGAUGAUUGUUGGUCUGUGGUGUGCUCACCCGGAUCACAAUUUUCGGCCUAAAAUCAGACAGACAAUUCAUAUGCUUAAUUUUGAAGCCCCACUGCCCAUUCUCCCACCAAAACCACCCGUGCUAUCAUUUUUUCCACUUCCAUUGAGCACUACCCCCAAUAGUCCUAGCACCAGCCAAAACCAUUAUUCAAGCUAUACUUACAAAGCAGUUUCUUCUAAGUUCACCUCAUCUUCUCUUGCUUUGUCUCCAUCUAUAUCACUUUUGUAUAAAGAGUAAUUGGCUCAAUUACUUUUCGAUUCUGGAUUGUGGAUCGUAGAUUUUUGGAUUAUAAUGAGAGUCUGCAAGUUUGUUUAAAUAGUAUGAGUAGUUCACUUUUCUUCCU